AUGUCAGUUCAUCAACUGCAACUUGAGGGUAUUAUUCCUAGUGCGCCCUCCACAACACGAGCAACACCGACGUCAAUUUCGGCUCAUGACACGCUUGUGGCAUACGGUAGUGGUAACAAUGUGGUGGUGCGUGACAUCUCAACCACAGGGGCGGAUUCCAUCCUCUGUUGUUGGCACCACACGUCGCCAGUAACUGCAGUGCGCAUAAGUCCUUCCAGCAAAUUCGUGGCAUCCGGAGAUCAAAAGGGAAAUGUGCGCUUGUGGGAGCGGCGUAACGGCACACAAGAGAAAUACAACGGGCAGCUACUGGAAGGACCAGUCCGGGACGUGGCGUGGACACGAGAUGAGGAACGGCUUGUGGUGGUGGGUGACGGACGGAACAACUUCGCGGCCGCGGUAACCGUGUCAGGAAAUACAAUCGGAAGCAUUAAUGGCCACACACAGAGUAUCCUUUCGUGUGAUGUGCGGGGGGAUCGACCAUUUCGCGCGGUAACCGGAAGUGCGGAUAAUAUGGUGGGUUUCUAUGAGGGUGUUCCCUUUAAGUUCACCUGCAACGUAAAAGAACACAACGAGAAGGUUAUGUGUGUGCGUUACAGUCCGGAUAUGGAAACUAUCGCAACGGUUGCCCGCACAGGUAAUAUCAUUCUACUUGAUGGAAGGACGGGCGAUAAGAAGGGAAGCAUUAGCGUAGACCACAAGGGUAGCAUCUUCUCCCUUGCAUGGAGCCCAGACGGUAAACUAAUUGCGACAGCUAGCGCUGAUAAGACCGUGAAGGUUUUCGAUGUAACCUCAGCGUCGAACAUCGCAACAUGCUCUACUGGGAAUCGGGUUCUAGAUAUGCAGCAGGGGGUUGCAUAUACAGCGCGGGGUGUGGUUUCGGUUUCAUUCGGUGGUAAGCUCACAUUAAUAAAUGAGAAGGGUGAAAUGACACGAACUUUCUUGGGGCAUCAAGGACGGAUUUUCCUGCUACACAAGGAAUCGGAUGAGCUGAUGGUAUCAGUCAGUGUUGACCGCGCACUUAUUUGGCGUGACACGGCGGCAGCCGCAGCCGGUGAGGCAAGUGAGGUGCCCCUGUCAGCCGAUCUCAUUACCGCAGCGGCAUUUAGCGGUGGUAAGUUGUACAUUGUAGCUGGGAGUGAGUUACUCCGCUAUGACCCCAAUGACAGUACCCCGGCCGUUGUUUCGCAAGAUGUCACUGCUGUUACGGCGUUAACUGUAACCGAGGAUGGCACUGCAGUACUGCUGUUACGGAACAGCUUCAUCGUUAUUAACUCUGCAGGCUCUAAGAUUGCUGAAGAAAAGCUCGAUAGGUUUGACGGCUGCAGCGCCGCUGCCCGAGGUCAAAUGAUUAUUGUGGGUGGAGAAAAACUGGUAAAAGGUUAUCAAAUAACUGAGAGCGCUCCACCGGAGGCGAAAGUGCAGUUCGCGGGUCACCACACGGGUGCAGUGGCGUGCCUCGCCUUCUCUCACGAUGGUCAAGUGGUUGCCUCAGGUGACGCAAACAGGAAUAUAUUUGUGUGGUCGUGGGCAGAUGGUAGCGUACUUCACAAAGACUUGGUUUUCCAUACACUCCGGGUGACUUCGCUGUCCUUUGCUUACAACAGUAACACCCGUCUGUUCUCUGGAAGCAUGGAUGCCUCGCUCAUUUUGUGGGAUCUUGAGGCAAAAACGCGGAGAAUGGAGGAUGCAGCCCACCGAGGCGGUGUGUCGGCCGUCUUCGGCGCCGCGGAUGGAACUUUGAUAUCGGGUGGUAGCGAUGGAUGCAUACGGUUAUGGAAGUCAAACAACUAG